AUAUUACUUACUCUCCAACUAUUAAAUGGCUUACCUCAAUUCGCGGGUGAUAUCCAAUUAAUUUUGCACCGACAUCUGUUAAAAACACGCGUCUGUCUAAACCGAUAAUAAUCACACGAGGUGAUCCAUAACUUUUAACUGUACACGGUCUCAAACUAGGUCGCAAAGACCCGUAUGUUAAAUACUGCAGUAGUGCAGUGACGUCACCUGUGAUUUACUAUAGUCCGCAAAUGAGGCUAUUCCACGAAAUGAUCCGCAUCGACUCUAUAAACACUUACAAUUAUAAUCUAUGUAGACGUACCAUACACCAGUAAAUAAAACACUGUUAUUUAUCACGUUAAUAAUUGUGUGAUGUUUCUUCUCUGAUGAACAAUGAAUAGCAUUUAUAUGCCGUGUACUGAUACAACGAUGACUACUAUAUACGUGACAAUCUCGGGAAUCGUCGUUCCCUGUGACGUAACAAAGACAACUUCAUGCUAUGACGUCAUCCGCAUGUUGACCUCGAACAGCAUCAAACGUGACUAUGCAAUAUUCGAGUCGACCAGUGAGAAGGAGAUACUGCUUCCGAUGAAGUCGUCGAUGCUCAAGGUUAUUACGUCAUGGGGCGCCGAGUGGUUCCGGAAGUCUUUGGUGAUCCGACCAGUAGACGCUCACACGUGCAGAUUGGCGAGCAUGUCACGUGCGCAAAGGAUACUUCACCGCCUGACCCACGGAAGGAAUUCGUCAACUAAACGCAUGUGUACGGGCCCUCACCGGGAUGCAGUAACAGAAAAAUACUGCGCCUCAACUGCCGGUAAAUCUGACGAAGUUCUUGGUAAACAGGACAUAAUGAAUCGCUUUUUUCUUGACGUAAAAUUUAACAGCGGACGGUCCACUUCGCAACUGAAUGACGAGCUUGACGCUGAGGCAUACAAGGCAUUGACAGAAGUGCUUCUGGGGAGGUUACGUGAUGACGACAAGGAGAGGGAGUCUGUGGCUUCAGGAUUGCAGUUGGACCGGAUGCGCGUCAAUUGUUUGGAUUCAGAUGAAGACGGACUUAGCGAUAGUGGAUCAGACGUUAGCGAGCUUAACAAGUGCUUCGUAGCCAGUUUCAACGACACGUGCAUCGCGGACUUCAACUGGUCACAGGCUGAAAGCGCGUUCUGUAAUGACAGCGACUGCAGCAGCGUCGGAGAGCUGGAAAAGAACGUUCUGUAGGUGUGCGAGGCAGGGCUUAGCGGCCCCGACCAAGUAAGCUGAUGUGGGGAGGAGAUCUUGUCCACUAGUCCAUGAGAGUCUUACAGGGAAUCACGUCACGUGAUAUGAAUGACACAUGGAGUGACGUCACGUGAUAUGAAUGACACAGGGAGUGACGUCACGUGAUAUGAAUGACGCAAGGAGUUACUUCACGUGAUAUAAAUUACACAGGGAAUGACGUCACGUGAUAUGAAUGACACAGGGGUGACGUCACGUGAUAUGAAUGAGUACUUAUAUUUGUUUGCUGUAUUUGUUGCUGUUUGUUGUUGUUGUUAUUGGUAUAAUGAAAUGUGCUACACAAUGUUAUUAAAACGCAUAUCAAAUA